GUUGUUUCUUCGGGUCGGUUGCUACUGCUGCCUUUUUACCAGCCCCGGUCCGGCCUAGUCCCAGUUCGGUGCCAGUGUGUUGAUGAUAAAUAUUUCGGCUGAACCGUGAAAUCACUGACACUCACGAGCGCGCGCGUGCGAGUUCCAAGACACCGGGAAGCUGGAUGCUGGGAGUGUGUGGCUGGACCGACCAAUCGAGCAGGAAUACACGACCGAACCAGAGUUUCAGUCGGUGUCAACGAGCGGAACGAAUCGGAUCUUUUACUAGGCUGCUGGUGGCUGGUAGUGCGCUGUGGAAUGUCAACCGACCCGCCGGUUCGGGCACUGGACUAGGACCGGAAUUUUGACGAACAAAAGAGGAUUUUUUUUACUAGCGCGGAAGGAAGCGGAGACAACCAAAAAAACUCAAUGAAUUAAUUCUCGAUGACGCCGCGUCAGCUGAGUUUGGCCCGAAAGGAAUAGUAGGCGUUGUGUGGUGAUUGUUUUUUGUUUUCUUUCGCACAGUGACCAGCAGCGGGUUUUGGGGUGCGUUCAGUGAAGUUGACCAGGUGUACACUGGAAGAAGUAAUGUGAGAAGAGAGUGAAGUGCCGAAUAAAAUUUAUUAUUUUUGCAGGAAAGGGAAAAAAAAUCUCCCCUUUGGUUUCAACGCGGGAAGGAAACAAGUGUGGAUAAAUCAGAAAGUAGCAAGUUUUUGGCGUGAUUGUGACCGGAGCAGGUAAAACAAGAAAGGAGUGCAGUGAAACAUAGAAAUAAAGUAAAGAUAUAAGAUUAAUCGAGUCGAGAGAGUGAGAAAGAAAAAGAAGUGAAGCCGGUGAAGGAUGCCGGCUGAUGGCAGUGUGCAGUGGGAGUGAAACAAAGCAAAUCAUGUUCGGUAGCGCAGUGUUGUAGGUACUCGAUGCGAAAUGGAAACCUUUUCUGACAUUCCAUCGACCCAGCAGCGGCGGCAGGAUCCGACUGCCGGAACCGACCCGCAAGAUACCAAUAAGAGAUUAACCACGGUAGUGGCGCCGGCAGUGGGGCCACCGGGCACCAAACGAAGAAGUCCGACGAGGAAAAUACUUGGUCAUGGCCGCAAGGCGAGCGGAAACACUCUGGAAAGCGGUCCACCGAUCAAACCGAGUUCCUCCUCGGCUAGAAGCUGUUUGAUAUACUUUUGUUUCUACAUAUUUUGCCUCACUUCGAUGGGUGCUACCAUUUACAUCAUCAUACAACAAUCAUACAUAGAGGAUAGAUUAUUUAGCUUAGUUAGUUUCGAAGAGCGUCUUAGUCUGCUGGAGGCCCAGAUUCGAGCUGUAAAUAGGGACGGUGGCGCCCGCGUCUGGGACGUUCAGGAGGAAAACGUUGCGGAUACCGUGCGGAAAAUUUCACUCCAGAUUGCCGAACUGCCGAGGAUACGUCGCGACGUUUCGGGACUGAAACUAUCGCGAGCGACCCGCCAAGCCGCGGUUCAACCACUGGAAGGUGGCGAGUGCACGUGUCCUCCAGGUCCUCCCGGUCCUCCAGGUCCCCCGGGCAAGAGAGGGAAGCGUGGCAAGAAAGGAGACCCCGGUGAACCAGGCGUGGAGGGUCCAACUGGUCCACCUGGCAAGAACGGUCUUCCGGGUCUGAAGGGAUCCAAGGGAGACCGUGGUUCAAUGGGCCCAAUUGGACUGGACGGUCCCAAAGGUGAGCCGGGUCGGCCCGGCGACAAGGGUUCGAAAGGCGAGGUCGGAAUGCCACCGAUCGACGUGUUCCAAACUGUGAAGGGAUUAAAGCGUUCCGUUACGACACUGCGGGGCGGCUCUCUGGGAUACGCUGAAAUCGUAGCAGUUAAGGGUGAACCAGGCGAACCCGGUCCUCCAGGACCACCGGGACCGGUGGGGCCGUCUGGUCCGAUGGGACUGGACGGUCGGCCCGGUCCGCCGGGAGAUCCUGGCCCGAAAGGAGACGCAGGAACGGCAGGCGAAAAGGGUCCGGUGGGAAAUCCCGGCACACCGGGAUUACCUGGAGCUAAGGGUGACCGAGGCGACAAAGGAGACCGGGGGUUAACGACGCACUUCAAGGGCGAUCAGUUCCCGGCCGGCAUCAUCGAAGGGCCACCCGGCCCUCCUGGACCGCCCGGACCUCCCGGUGAUAAAGGCGACCUAGGUCCCGAAGGUCCACCCGGACCGCAGGGAGAAAAAGGCCCUCGAGGCAAACGAGGCAAGCGGGGCCCCGGUAAGGAUGAUGAUUAUGAUGAAGCCAUGCUGGCACAGUUCCGAGGACCACCGGGCCAACCUGGACCACCGGGUCUUCCUGGACGCGAUGGCCUCCCUGGUCAGAAAGGAGAAUCGGGUGAGGUUGGAGCGCCAGGUUCGCUGGGACCUCGUGGAUUGGACGGAAUGCCGGGUGAACCAGGUGUCGAAGGGCCUCCCGGUCUACCAGGUUAUCAAGGCCCACCAGGGGAGAAGGGUGACCCAGGUGAUAUCGGUCCACCAGGACUAAUGGGACCUCCCGGUUUGCCUGGACCGCCGGGCUAUCCUGGUGUCAAAGGUGACAAAGGUGACCGUGGCGAUUCCAAGUUUAGGAAAAUGCGACGACGGCAGGAUCACGAAGGAAUGGCAGAUGAGCCCUACCGGGAAGUGGUGUACGGUCCUCCCGGGCCACCCGGAGCUCCGGGCCCGGUCGGACAUACUGGACCGCCCGGUCCUCGGGGGUACGACGGCAAGAAGGGUGACCGAGGCGAGAAGGGUCAGAAGGGAGAGUACGGACCGAUGGGACUGCCGGGUCCAAUGGGAAUGCGGGGCGACGCCGGUCCAGUUGGUCCAGUUGGCAAAGCAGGACAUCCGGUGUGGGAGUACUAAACAAAGGAAAUGGUUUCAUUAACUGAGAGAGUGAUCUUUGUGUUGUAGCCAAACUCCCCUCCAGAAUUUUUCAUUUCCCCUCUCCCCGAGUUGCGGGGGACAAGUUGAGGUUUGUUUUGUUUCCUUUGGCCGUUUCGUUGUUAAUCAAAGCAUUUGCCGUCGCAUGAGUCAAAAAUCAGAAUGCAACUUUCCGUCUUAAGGCAAAACCAAAAAAAAAAAAAUUGUGAAGUAUUAUGCAGUUGUAAACGUUUGAAAGUAUUAUUUAUUCUUCGUGAUUGGUGAUCGUCCUUUCACCGAUCGUUUAUUUCGUAGACUAAGAGAAUUACCAUUUUUAGAACGUAAAUCGUCCAUUUCCAAUAGCAAAGGAAAACCUACUAAGACUUUGAUUACGUAUUCGAGAAAAAGUAAAACGAAGGGGACAUUAUUGCAAGCAAAAAAUAAAAAAAAAUAAUAAACGUGUAUGAAAAGAAGGGGCUAAAGCAAACAAAAAAAAAUAUUUUUAUAAGUGUUUAUAACAAGCGGUAAUAGAAAGGAACAGCGGAGCAGUAGAGGAAAAUACCGAAAAAAGUGCGAUGUAUAAUCUCAGAAGGUCAAACGAGAAAUUCUUACAGAAAUUGUUGUUAGUAAUUGAAACUCUUCGCUAUUGUUUAAGUGUCAUUUUUCGCUUCUCCACGUUUUUCACUAAUCGGGACUCUCGUGGGUAACACCAAUAUAACAAAUGAAAAGGAAUCGAAAACGAAGAAAAAUUGCUACAUGUCCAAUGUGGAAGUUUGUUUUUUACUUUACUCUACAUUCAGCCCUACAGAAUUUCUUCUACCUCUUGAUCUGAUUUCUAUCUAUUGCCUUUUAUUUUUCGUUCUCCAAAACCCAUUUAGGAUAGGAAGAAAACAAAUUUUAUAGAUUCAUCCAAAAAACAAAAAAAAAACACACACAUAUCUCUAUGCUAAACAAAAAUCAACCUACAAGUGACUAACGAAAAAAGUAUAACAUACCUUUCCUUACCUUAACGAACUAUUACUAAACUAAACUCUAUCGUGUUGUAAGUUAUCCUAUCCCUUUCGACGCUAUACAGAGAAUGAAACUAAGCAACUGAAAGCAAGUGCAGUUCUUUAAAUCAUCGUAAACCUUUUCUUAAAAUAGCUUGUCCAUUCUUCGUUCGAAACGCGCUCAUUGAUCCAUAAGUCAUCAACAGAAAAGCAAAAAUAUCCAUUGAACAGAAAUAAAAAAAACCAAACACACAACACACAUACAGAGAAACUGUUUGUUAAAUAUUGUAAAGAGUCAUAUAGAAGGAGGAGGAAGAAAAAUCAACUAAUAAAAACCAAACCAAUUGACAAAGUACA